AUUGUUACAUUUGGACUACUAGCUCUUUCCCAGCCAUACUGUGCGUACUAAUUGUUCCUAGCUAUGUUGUGACUACUAGCUGUUUUUCGCUAAAGAUAAGUUGAGUGCAGCUGGACAAAGAUAAGUUUUUUUUGUUUUCUUUCUCUGUCUCUCUCACUUCGAUAUAACAAAGGGGAUUUUUGUCUGGGCUUCAGUAAGGGGUGACAACUUGUAAGACUUGUACCUUUUUCUCUCUUGGCAAAGACUUUUCUUUCUUUUUGUAAUAAAACCCCACAAAGACAUGAUUGCUUCCUCACUUUUUCUAUUAGAAAAAGAUUUGCCAAAACAUUGCAUUCCGCCCAUCCUGCUGUGUUCUAAGGGGAGCUUUGCCAGCCCGAGGCUGUUGGUGGGUCAGCCUGUUCCCAUUCAGGGAAUACUGAUUGGCUCCCAAAGACACUAGGUUCAACCUCAACCUCCAAUCCAGACUCUCUUUGGUAUUUGACUCCCUAGAACACUAAACUAAUCCUCCACUCAAUGUCAAAGAUGGGAUGGUUGGGAGCCAUUGGAUUUUGUUUUGCAUUACUAACUCUAACACAGAUAUCUUAUAAUGCAGAUGGGUGCCAAAUCUUAACAGCAGCACCUUCCGGUCCUUCAUCUAUUCUCGUCAAAUGGAAGCAAUAUACUGGGGCAACAAACUAUUUUUUGGACCUUCGGGUGAAAAACAUUAGAAAUAUUGCACCUGUGGUGGUGACUCUUCCAGCCACCCAGACAGAAAAAAUUGUCCGAGGGCUGCAACCUGGAACUAACUAUAGUGUGACACUGAAAGUCUUUCAGUUCUACUUUGUAGUGUGUGUAGACAGGAGUGAAGCAUCGACAGUCCCUGACACCUCACAGAUCAUAGAUGGUAAAGCACUGUCAAGUACUUCAAUUGUGGUAAAAUGGUCUGAGGUUCCGUCCGCGGAGCAAUACCUCCUGCAGGUGAGAUCUGAGGACAAAAGCCAAAUCUUCAACCUGACCAUCACUGAGCUUUCAACCGUGCUGGGGAACUUGACCCCUUCCACCAACUACGACUGCUUCGUCUACACUAUAAACCAUGCAGGAAUGGGCAGCAGAAGCAAAGUGAGGACCGUCACCACAUUGACGCAGCCUCCUGUGGGCGUCACGGUGACACAAACAGGCCGCGAAACAGCGAGGGUGAUGUGGCUGCCAGUAGAGGAUGUUCUGUUGUACCACGUAGAGGUCCAGAACAUUGAUGAACCCAACAAUGAACCAACUGUGUACAACGUUUCCGACACCAGCGUGGAUCUGGAUACCAUCCUGCCAUGUUCCACGUAUACAAUAUCAGUAUCCUCAUUCAGCUGGUUCCUGAUGCCGAGCGAGCCCACGCUCUACACAUACACUACUAACAAGUUGACUCCAGUUUCUGCAGUAUCAGUGGACUACAGCUGCGCCUCUCAGUCUGCCAUGGUGCGCUGGACGGCAGUCUUUGGAGCAGACUCUUACAAAGCCACAGCGAUGGGCCAGGAUGGCACACUGCUGACAUGUACCAGCCAGGGCACAAAGUGUCACAUCAGUGGACUGAGCUGUGGCCAGACUUUCAUGGUACACGUCACACCCAUGUCUGAAAACUGUAAGAACAUGAUCAACACCACCUGGGCUACCUUUCAGACUGUUCCCUGUCCUCCCAAGAACCUGGAGUUGUUGCGACAUUGUUCCAGUGAAGUUAUAAUCUUUUCCUGGGAACAUACAAACAAGACAGACCAUUACAUGGCCAGAGGAGUCGACUCUAAGGGAGUGGUUCAAGAAUGCCUUACAGUGGACAACUCAUGUUAUUUCACAAAUACUAUGUGUGGGAGACAGUACUACUUCACAGUCUACUCAACUUCAGGAGAGUGCAAGAGCCAGACAAGCUCAACAGUUGAUAUUCGCACAGCACCCUGCAUACCCCAAAAUCUGCAAACCUCGGCCGACUGCAACUCAAACCUUCUGGUCAGCAAGUGGGACCUGGCUGAGGGUGCAUUGCGUUACACAGUGGAGGCUUAUGGCAAUAAGGGACACAGCCAUUACAACUGCAGCACACAUUCCGACAGCUGUGUAAUAGAGAGUAUCCCCUGUGGAGAGUACUUGACCAUCUUUAUCACGGCUUUUGAUGAUGAAUGCGCUAGCCCGAGGAGGCUGGGACCUGUUGCUGAGACAGUCCCAUGCACACCUCAUAAUGUGACAGCAGUCAACGAAUGUGGUGCAGACUCCAUCACAGUGACCUGGGCAGUGUCAGGCAGUACUCUUUUCUAUGAUGCCAUGGCGAUGGAUAGCAGCGGCAUCGUUCACAGCUGUAACACAAUGGAUUUAACUUGUACGAUUGCUGGCUUGAAGUGCAGCACCAGUUAUACUACAUACGUCAUUGGCUCCAACUUCAAGUGCAACAGCACGCAGAGCGAGGCGGUCACCACAGAGACAGCGGCUUGCCCCCCAAGUAAUGUCACUGCCUCUUUGAAUUGUGAAGCCAAUGAGGCUCUCAUCUCCUGGCAUGGCCAGCCCGAAAUUAACUCUUACACCGUCACCAUAGUGGAUAAAUAUGACAGACUUCUGAGCUGCAGCUCAACUGAAACCACCUGCGGGGUACCAACCCUGAAAUGUGGUCAACUCUACACUGUCACCGUCUUCCACCAUGACAGCAUCUGCCCAAGCAUGCCUUCUCAACCCAUCUACAUGGAAUCUGCACCAUGUGUGCCCACCAAUGUGGUGGCUAGGACAAACUGUGGCCAGAGUUAUGUUGAGGUGUCGUGGCAAGCAAGUCGUGGUGCUCUGCACUACGAUGCGGCUGCAACACCCCGAGAUGGCCAUCAGCUGUCGUGUGCUUCCAAUGAAACGAGCUGCAGGAUGGAGGGUCUGAUGUGUAGUCAGGUUUGCCACAUUGUGGUGUCUGCUGGCAACAACAACUGCUUUAGCAAUGAGAGCGCCAAGGUGCUGGUGCUAACAGCACCGUGCCCCCCUUCCCAGCUGAACGUUUCAGUCAAUUGUACCAGCAACAUUGCCACUUUAAGCUGGAACAGCAGCCCUAAUGCAGUGUCCUACACCAGCAAGGCCGUGAGCGCAGAUGGACACACUGUGACUUGUGCAGCAGCGACAAACCUUGUUUGUCAUUUAGAAUAUUUGCACUGUGGCAAGGAGUACAGCUUCACUGUGUCAGCCACAAAUGGCGACUGCCAAAGUCCUGAGAGCAAGCCGGUCAUCCAUGAAACUGCCCCAUGCAUUGUGCAGAAUGUUGUCAAGGCCUUGAACUGCAGCACCAACAUGCUGACCAUCAGCUGGGUACCCGGGAUAAUGCCUAUAAACUACAGUGUGAGUAUCCUGGCCGGAGAUGGCACGGAACUAAAAUGCAUCACAGAGACUUCCACGUGCACAAUGGGUAACUUACAGUGCGGGACGCAAUACGACCUGACAGUCGCUGCAGUUAGCGGCACCUGUGAAGGACCAAGGAGCCUUCCAGAGACGAUGAAUUCCGGUCCUUGUGUUCCUGUUAAUGUCCAAAGCAUUGUAGAGUGUUACUCUAACACAGUGUAUAGCUCAUGGGAUCCAGCUCCUGGUGCACUGUGGUAUAUUUCCGCCCUGACCGGAGUGGGAGGAUACACUUCUUCCUGUUCUACAUCGGAGCAAAGUUGCCAAUUCCCAGGCCUACGGUGUGCUCAUGCAUACAUGCUUAGUGUGGUGGCUCAGAACAACCAGUGCAACAGCUCUGAGAGCACUGAGAUCACUGUGACAACUGCACCCUGUGAACCUGCGAGUGUUGGCGUUUCCUUCGACUGCAUUUCUGGCGUGGCAAAAGUUAUGUGGGAACACAGCUCUGGAUCUCAAUAUUACACAGUCCUGGCGGAGGCCAUUGGGCAUAAUGACACAUGUAAUUCCACCAUGAAUUUUUGUGAGCUGAGCCAGGUGCUGUGUGGGGAAGACUACACUGUUACAGUACUGGCAGAGAAUGGGGUCUGCACCAGUACCAGCCAUGCUCAAACUAAUGUGACAACAGCACCCUGUCCUCCAAGAAUUCAAGCACAUUCACUGGAUUGUGCCACCAACCAAGUGUCGGUGUCCUGGCUUCAAGAUGAAGAUGCCAUAAAGGUGACAGUCAGCGCAACCUCCAGCGUGGGACAUUCUACUUCCUGUGAUUCUACCACCGACCUCAGUUGUACCCUGAGUGGCCUUCUCUGUGGACACACCUACACAUUUCAUGCUGUUGCACAAGGAACUCAGUGUUCAAGCAAUCCCAGCUCUACAUUUGAAAUUGUGUCAGCUCCCUGUACUCCUACAAAUAUGGUCCACACAUACUCCUGUACGACAGGCUUAGCCACCGUAAGCUGGGAUGACACUUUGGGCAGCAACAAUUUCUACGCCAAUGCCUAUUCUCCAAACCACAUGACUUCCUGCAGCUCCACACAGACGGAUUGCUCCCUACCCUCACUGAGCUGUGGUAGCAUGUACAACGUGACUGUCAUGGCAGUGAGCGACCACUGUAACAGCAGCAUGUCAAGCGUAACACAGAUACUGACAGCACCUUGUGCUCCCACGGACGUCCAAGCCGCUCUGCUUUGCGAUGACAACACAGCAGCAGUGAGCUGGCAGCCGAGUAGUGGUGCCACGUGGUACAAUGUGACAGCACACAGCACGAGUGGUGACAUAAAACAGUGCAGCACAAAUGACACACGUUGUCACUUGCCUGGAAUGAACUGUGAUCAUACGUACGACGUCAUUGUCACCCCUUUGUCUGACCUCUGCCAUGGCUUGGGCAGUGACCCUUACACCUAUAUUGCAGGUCCCUGUCCUCCCACCAAUGUGCAGGGGUCUCUGCAGUGCAAUGGGAGUGUGGUCCAUGUGACUUGGAACGCUGCAAGGCGAGCAGACUACUAUGAAGCCACAGCAGUGACCUCUAUGGCUGACCACCACGGCUGUAACUCUAGCGAUACGUACUGCACACUCACAGGCCUAAACUGUGGUGAGACAGCCGUCAUCUCAGUUGUGACUGUUGGCAGAGGAUGCUGGAGCAAACCAAGCCUCCCUUUAUUGUUCCAGUCAGUUAUCUGCCCACCAGCAUCCGUGGCCGGAGUAACAACGUGCGCUAACAAUGACAUAACAGUAAGAUGGGAUCCGAGUCCAGAGAGUGGCGCAACCUACAGAAUCCACGCUGAGGAGGAGGGUGGUGCCAGCGCCAUGUAUUCUGCCACCCAAACGUAUCACGUCAUCAGCGGCCUGCAGUGUGGCCAGUUGUACACGCUAGAAGUUGCGGCCAUUGACACAGAGUGCACCAGUGCGCUCAGCCCGACUGUACAAACGGAAACAGCUCCCUGCCCUCCAGCAAAUCUGACAGUCAACGCUGAGUGUGGCACCAAUUUUGGAGUAAUCACCUGGGCCCCGAGUGCUCAUGCUAUCAACUACACAGCUACCGUGACUGGCACCCAUGGUCAUGUGGUCACCUGCUUCUCUGAAUCAACAAUGUGCUCAGUGAAGCUGGACUGCGGAUAUCAGUACACAGCAACUGUGGUCGCUUCAAGUUCCACUUGUGUUAGCCUCACAGGAGCUGUAGUAACAUUUGAAUCAGCACCUUGCCCUCCCACCCAGCUACAUGUUGACUCAUCCUGCGACUCAAACAACAUCUCGGUGUCAUGGCAGGCCUCACAUGGCUCAGUGACCUACAUGGUCGUAGCAGAGAAUGAACAGGGCCAGCGAUGGAUGUGCAACACCAGUAGCACUUCCUGUUACAUAGCUGGUCUUCAAUGUGGACAGCAGUACCAAGUCUAUGUUGUGGGUCUAGAUGAAAAAUGUAUUGGAGCCAAAAGUGACAUCGAAGAAAUGACAACAGCACCAUGUGUGCCAUGGAAUAUCCAGAAUGACCUUGACUGUCUGUCCGGUGUCCUCAACAUUACCUGGCAGUCAACAGGUUAUGCUCCACACUUCCACGCUUCUGUGGCGAGCAGCAAAGGUGAUGUCAGCAUGUGUAUAACGGACAUGCAUCACUGCAUAGUGCAGGGCAUGCAGUGUGGGCUCACCUACAGUGUGACAGUUGUGAGCCAAGAUGACGCCUGCAACAGUUCCCACAGCCCGAUAGAGCAAGUCACUACAGUGCCCUGCGUGCCACAGAUGGUAACAGCAGAGAUGCUGUGCAGUGACAACAUAGGAGUUGUGUCUUGGGAAGAAGGUGAGGGUGUGUCCUCCUACAUGCUGCAAGCGUUUGGGCCCAGUGGUCAUCAGAUUGAAUGUAACAACACGAAGUCCAGUUGUCAGCUACCCCACAUGCGCUGUGGCCAGCUGUACAACCUUACAGUGACAGCUCUGGAUGGACGCUGCGAUAACAGUCAAAGCUACCUUAACUUGCAGUCCGUACCUUGCAGGCCAACCGAUGUUAAGGCUUCUCUGCAGUGUCACUCAAACUCUGUUGCUGUGACAUGGAAGCUGGCUAGUGGAGCUGUCUCCUACCAUGCAGUGGGGGUCACUUCAGAUGGAACCCACCAGACUGAAUGUAACAACACUAUGACCUAUUGCAAAAUGAGCGAGCUUCAGUGUGGACAGACCUAUAAUGUGAGCGUAUUUGGCCAAGAUGAGUCCUGCUCCAGUGUGGAGAGCGAAACAAUUUUUGUGCAGACAGCUCCUUGUCCACCUCAGGGCGUGAUUGUUGAUGCACUUUGUGAUGAGGGUGCCAUGUCUGUGUCUUGGUCCCACAACCCUGAUGCCCAUUACUUCCAUGUCGUGGCAGCAAGCCACAGUGGAGCGAGACUGUACUGCAACUCGAGUGGUACAGUCUGCACUUUUGAGAAUCUACCAUGUGGAGACAGCUACAACGUUACACUCGUGUCUGUAAGAAAUGACUGCGAGAGCGAGCCCAGUCCUGCUGUCGAGAUACAUUCAGGUCCUUGUGCCCUCACAUCAAUCAACACAGUGACACAAUGCAACAGUGACAGCAUCCUUGUCGAAUGGGAGAUGUCAAACGAGACGCCGUUUUACAUAGUCACCGCUGAGGGCCACGGCCAAUCCAUGAUUUCCUGCAACAGCACUUCUAGUUCUUGUGAACUCCAGGAUGUUCGCUGUGACAUGCAGUACAGCAUCAUUGUAUCAGCUUCCUCUGAUAAGUGCAGCAGCCUGAGAAGUCCACCCACAAGGAUCAAAACAGUUCCCUGCACCCCAAACAAUCUGACUGUGAUGUCCACUUGCGAGGACAAUGGACCUAUGGUGACAUGGGCCCACUCCCCUGUGGCCACAUCAUACCUGAUGACAGCCGUAGGUAAAGAUGGACACACGGAGAACUGCAACACCUCCGUGAAUAAUUGCACCCUCGCUGAUCUACACUGCGGCCAGCCAUACAACUUGAGCGUCACUGCCAGGGGAGAUAACUGCACCAGUGAACCUACCACUGCAUCUUUCACAACAGUCCCUUGUCCACCUUCGACCCUUACAGUGGAUUUUGAAUGUGAGGACAUUGCUGCCAUCCUUACAUGGACCUCUGCUGAAGGUGCUGUGAAGUAUUAUGGGCGUGCCCAGACUAUGGAAGGAGAAAUUCUUUCCUGUGACAGUGCCAAUAAUUCCUGCACUAUCAAAGGACUGCAAUGUGGCGGCAUGUACAAUUUCUCAGUUGAAGCCUCUGACAGCUUCUGUAACAGUUCGUUAAGUGCGCCUGUAGAGAAAGGAGCAGCUCCAUGCGCUCCCACUGCUCUUGAUGUUAGAAUGCAGAAAAUAGACCAAAAUCACUGGCUCAUGAGCUCAUGGGAAACAGUCAACUGUUCAGGUGUCGAGUACUUAGUGGAGAUAUUUGGCCGGAUCCAGGACAACUCCCAAGCCCUGAUGAGUCUCUCUUCUUACUGGCUAUCCGUGCCAUACUUUGAGACCCUGAUGCCUUGCGGCACAACGUACAACCUCACGGUUCGCUCAAGAAACUCAGCUGGAACCAGUAAGCCUUCUCGUGCCUUUACUGGAGUCACAGUGCCAUGUGCUCCAAUGAAUGUACAAUACAGUGGCGGCAGUCAGUCUGCUGUGCUUUCCUGGGAGGCGUCAGUGCUGGCCACAAGCUACAGCGUCUACGAUGUCUCAGGGGAAGGGAGCGUAGUGCUUUGCACCACCGCCGGCCUCUCUUGCCAGUUGACCAACUUCAGUCAUGGUUCCAUUGCAGUGACAGCCAGCAAUGUUGUUGGAGAGAGCCUUCCGAGUAGCAAUUUGACAGGUCCAGUCGGAACUCGCAGGAAAAGACAUUUGUGGGCUUCAAUGAUCCAUGCCAACAUCGACAAAGCUCUGGGAAUCCCAAACAUUCUAAAUGUAGCAUUAAAUGGAGUGUCGAUACAUGUGAGGUGGACACCAGUAAAAGAUGCAACUGAGUAUACACUCAUCAUGGUGGAGGAACAGAGAGAGCAACAUUAUCCACCCCGAGUAAGAAUUGUGGAAGGAAGUUUUUACACUGAGACUGACCUCAAGCCCAGGACCACCUAUUGCAUCAGAAUGGCAGCCAGAACCCCCAUCAGCCAAAGCAGCUACAGCAGGCCAAAGUGCAGAACCACCGGUGCCUCCAAAUGAAACACACCCUCUUAAAUGAACAUCAUGUUUGAUAGAUGUUUUGUUCACAAAUAAAAUUUGGAUCAAACCUGCAGGGAAAACUUUUUUCAAGUGCAC